CGCAGAAAAGGAAAAGCGAAGGGAGAAAAAAAGAGACAGAAAAGGCAGCCCAAAAGUCACCACCCCUCGUUCUAAAACCGCAGCCGCUCCUUCCCACUUCCCCUCUCCCCUGCCCACCCCAAAACCGCAAGAGCCACAACGCCUCCACACCCCGUCGCACCGGAGGAGAGAGAGGUCGUCGCCGGAGCGGAGAUGGCUUCGGCGCCGGGAGGGACGCGGGAGGAGAUGGUGUACAUGGCCAAGCUGGCCGAGCAGGCGGAGCGGUACGAGGAGAUGGUCGAGUUCAUGGAGAAGGUCGUCACCGCGGCCGGGGGAGGGGAGCUCACCGUGGAGGAGCGCAACCUGGUCUCCGUCGCGUACAAGAACGUCAUCGGGGCCCGGCGCGCGUCCUGGCGCAUCGUCUCCUCCAUUGAGCAGAAGGAGGAAGGGCGCGGGGCCGCGGGCCACGCUGCCGCGGCGCGCGGGUACCGCGGCCGCGUCGAGAAUGAGCUCUCCAACAUCUGCGCGGGGAUCCUGCGCCUCCUCGACGAGCGCCUCGUCCCUGCCGCCGCCGCCGUCGACGCCAAGGUCUUCUACCUCAAGAUGAAGGGCGACUACCACCGGUACCUCGCCGAGUUCAAGACCGGCAACGAGCGCAAGGACGCCGCCGACUCCACCCUCUCCGCCUACCAGACCGCCCAGGACAUAGCCAUGAAGGAGUUGCCGCCGACGCACCCCAUCAGGCUGGGCCUCGCGCUCAACUUCUCCGUCUUCUACUACGAGAUCCUCAACUCGCCUGACCGCGCGUGCUCGCUGGCCAAACAGGCCUUUGAUGAAGCCAUUUCGGAAUUGGAUACUCUAGGGGAAGAGUCCUACAAGGAUAGCACUCUGAUCAUGCAGCUUCUUCGCGACAACCUAACCUUGUGGACUUCUGACAUGCAGGAUGACGGUGGCGAUGAAAUGAGGGACGCAGGCAAGCCUGAGGAUGAGCAGUAGCUAAGGCUCCUAGCGACUACCAUCUCAAUGUCUUAACCCUUUGGGUAGUUGUGAUGUUUGUACAAGGGCCAUUUUCGUGUGUCCUUUUCCAUCGGGUCUUCCUACCCUUACUUUUGUUAUAUUGCUAUUGUCAAUCCCAUGUAUUGUUUUACUUUCCAACCGGAACCGUGUUAGUGUGUGGUAAGAAUAACUUAAUCCUUUAACUAGUACAAGGAUUGUCAAACUCUUAUGUACUAUGAUUGAAUGAUUAUGCAUGUUCAAUAUAUUUAGCGAGUGCCUUGUUAUGGGCAUAUGGUUAAGCUAUGGUUUGA